AUGAUGAGCAAAAGUGCUGAUGAUGAAAUAAAAAAUGAAUUAACGGAAUGGCUAAAUAAAAUAGUGAAGCCACAAUUAAAAAGAAACGUUGAUGGCUUAGCAGAAAAUCUCAAAGAUAAGAUUGUGAACUUACCUCACGAUGAAACAUUGAACAGAGUUCAUCAGAAAAGGGUUGAUAAAGAAAAUGAAGAAAUUGAAGAAGAAGAUAAACUAUAUGGAUUUAUAGAGAAACAGAUAAGUCAAUAUAAUAUAGAUGAUGAUGUUGUAAAUGGUGUUUUAAAAUUAAUGUUAUUAAGAGAGUUGUACAAAUUGACUCCUGGAACGAGGGACGACUUAUACAAUAAUAAGAUUAGUGGCGUCAUCGGUACAGAUGAAUUUCGCAAGGAACUAGAAAUAGCCAGGGAAGUACAUGACUGGCUGAAGAACAUACCAUUUUACUAUCCUUUGCUCAAACCUGGGCCUGAAACUAUAGAAUUCGUUCACAUUCUUGCAAGAAAUAUUGCUAACCUAGAAUUUGAAAGACUUCAGAAUCCAAAUAAAAUGAAUUACAAUUCUUUGUUAUAUACUCUGAUAGCAACAUAUAUGCUGCAGAAAGAGGCGGCUAUAACUGACGAUGAAGACAAACUGAAAAUAGAUUAUUACGCAAAUCAGCUGUAUGCGCGUAUUAUAAAUUUACGGAAAGAUGAGGAAAACACAGAUGAACUAUGUAAAAUAAUCACAGAGCAUAUGAAGAAGUAUGAUACAUUAUUAGCAAAGGAUUAUCUCAAGAAAAUUCUGUGGCGUCGUCGGCUAGCUGAUAACGUUAAAAAAUUGUUGCUCGCAGAACCUACAGCUUCCAGAGUUGAUGUAGAGAAGGCACUAGCAAUGACACCAUUACCACAAGAUGAUUCUGUGUUCAAAUAUAAAAUGGAAAUUAAAUACAAUAUAACUAUUCAUGACUGGCUACACGCUCUCCCAUUAACACCACCUAAAGAUAACGAAGAAGAACAUAGAAGAAAGGAUAAGAUUCAAGAACUGUUACAAAAAGUAAUAGAAGCAGAUGAAAGGAAAGCUGAAAAUCCUGACGACACACAAGUUGAUGAUGACUUAGAUAAUUACAUAGCUUCUUGGCUAUCCGAGUUGCAGUUUGAGGAAGACGCUGACGUAAACAUCCCUACGAUGGUUUCGCAGUUGAGGAGUGGGUUGGAAUAUAUCAAAUGGUCGGAACUACAGCCGAAGCGAACUUCGUUAGCCUCGGAGGAUGGAGUUAGCAGGUCAAUAAGCAGACAGCACUCAAAAAUUCGCAGCACCAAGCAAAAAGAUCCAGGAGAACAAAUGGUAGAAGUUAUCGAAAACUGGUGUAAACAUUUACCAAUAAAAGAAGAUGAUAAUGAAUCUACGAAAGCUAAAAAGGAUAAAAUUGCUAUAAAUAUAUUCCAAAUAUUAGGAUCCCUUAAUGAUGAUUCUCGGCUUGCUAAUGAUAAUCAAAAGUUUAGUGUAGUGUUAGAGAACGAAAUCGACAGUCAGUUAGAGAGUUUAUCAGAACAUAAAGGUAUCAUCAAAAACAGAGAAAAGUUAAAAUAUGACUUAGUUGAUAAAAUAAUGGAAAUAAAAUCUAUGCUUAGAAAUAAAACGGCAGGGGAUGAUUAUGUUCAGAGUCUUGAAAAUACUAUGGACGCUUCUUUACCUAAUCCACAUUAUCGAUCUCCUAAGUUGGAUCCUGUUUAUGAACUAUUCAAAAAGCGGAUGGUUAUGCUUUGGCUCCUAGAAAAUUAUGACUAUGCCAUAGACUACCACUCCAUGAAAUAUAAAAAAAUGCUUUCGGAGGAAGUAAGAUCCCUCUCUGAAGAGGUUCAGAAUAAAAACCUUUUCCCUGGCGACAAAGAUGAGAUGAUGAAUGAUAUAAUUAGCGCGUUUUAUACUGCCACUCCUCCCAAUGAAGACGCAAUAGUUGACGAGAUUGAAAAUAUAAAACUUAGAUGUGAAAUAGAAAUUUGGGCAAACGAAUUACCAUUAAAAGAACCUUCAAAUUAUAACAAAGUACUGGAACGUGAUCAGAUACUGACUAUAUUGACAAAAUUGUUGUUCGACAUUAUAAAAAAGGGAGAUCGUGACGCAGGCAAUCAAAUGAGAUCGGAAAUAAAUAAAUGGACACAAAAACUGCCUCUGUUACACGGAGAGAAGACCAACGUACCCAAAUACACUGAAUUACUUAUGUGUUUUCUAAAUGCUUCUGUGGACUCAAGGAAAUGCCAAAGGCAAUCCGAACCACAAAACCUGACUGCUGUAGAAGAAACUUUGAAAAACUUAAAAUCUGAUGACGCAGUUCCGUCUAAAACAUACCAGGGAAAUACAAGUCAAGUUGCUGGACCGAGCAAUCUCAAAUCUUGUGGCGGCUGUGGCGGUUGCGGCGCGUCGAUGGAACAACUUACAUUUUUAAUUAAUAACGCUAUAGUGAACUGGUGCGCUCAGUUGCCGUUGCGGUACGGAGGCUGUGAUGAACAAGCUGUAGUGCAAAGAGCGAAGCAGCUAAUUUCGCAAAGAUUAUUCCUAUUUAUAAGCGAACUGAAUUAUCACCCGAAUACUUUAAACAAUGAAGGAUUAUAUGAGCACUAUUUGAAUCUAGAGUUAGACCGUAUUCUUACACAGUUAACAAACGAUCGGGCUUACUGGGAAGAACAACGUACAAGAAACGAUAGAAAGUACCAGCUCAUAAACGCGCUUAAGUCAAUAAGACCUUUAAUCCAAGAAGUAAGAGAUAAAGAACUUUAUAAACAAAAGCUAAAACGCACAAUAUCAAGUUUUAAUGAUUCGAUGCCUCAGCAUUCAGCGAUACAACUAAGCGAGAAUACACAAAUGGAUAUUUUAGAUGAUUUCAUACAAUACAAUCAUCAUAAUGGAGAUUUUGAAAACCAAGAGCUUUGCAAAUUGAAGAUAAACGAUGCGUUAAAAAGUGAAUUGAAUGAAGAUGUAGAUCCUUUACUAACAGCCAAUCGUUUAAUUUGUGAAUUAUCAAAAGUGGAGUAUCCUCAGUCAGGUAAUCAGAGAAGAUAUUCCGAACCUCCUAUUUCUAACAAUUCGCGACCAGCAGCAUUUAGAAGACAUUCUUUACCCGCAUCACAAAAUUACGGUCCAAGAUUUGUGAAAUCUCAAAAUUUUAUCCCUCAUCAACAGCCGAAUUUGGCUGCUCCUGGUCCAUCAUAUCAAAGAUCGCCUUUAUCCACAUCCCUUCCGGCCCAAAGUUGUCCAAGACCGCCUAACUACCGAAGAAGUCUACCUUUAACAUCAGAAGAUUACCCACCACCUCUCCCUCAAGAACUACCAGUUUUUUACCGUCCCGCUGCUCUUGAUAUACAAGAUUUUCCCAUGCCUCCUCCCGAAGUAAGUCUCACAAAACAAUCACAUUACCGAUCUCCAGUGCAAGGCCCGCAAACAUUCUACAGACCCCCGGAAAUUCAACAGAAUCCAGUCCGAGCUGGCCAAUCUUAUAAUGAACAACCUAUUCUUGAACAAAUGCCAUCUGACCAACCAAGAAUGAGAACUGCAGCGCGAGCCAUGAACGACCCACGGUCUUCGGCGGAAUGUCCGGAAGAACAACAACUUACUGGACAAGAUUAUUGUGAAACGUGUGUUAGAGACCUUGACUGUGCGUACAAUAUGCCGUAUCCUCCGUAUAUGGAUUAUAUGUAUUACAGAGGGUAAGGUUGGUGAUUCAUGUUUAAUAAAUGGAGGAAAAUGUU